ACAAAUUCAAGAUGUCUGCUCUCAGGAAAGAUUUGCUGAAAAGCAAAUUACCUCCAAUGCCACCCCCUGGAGUUGGUGGAAUGAAGAGACCCCCUAUUAGAAAGCGUGACUACACACCUUUAUAUUGGGACAAAUACUUUGACAAGGAGGAGGAUGUGAAAGUUGAUGAGAAAAAUAUAUUCCGAGUAUAUACUAGUGGUAAUGAAGGACCAGUCGUGUUUCUGUUACAUGGUGGAGGGCACUCAGCACUCUCUUGGGCAGUCUUUUCUUCUAUCAUAACAAGGGAAAUGGUAUGCCGCUGUGCAGCUGUAGACCUCAGAGGACAUGGAGACUCCCAGACUGCUGAUGAGACAGACCUGUCUGCUGAGACUAUGUCCACAGAUGUUGGUAACAUAAUCCAGGCCAUGUAUGGAGAUGACCCUCCUCCCAUUAUAUUGAUGGGUCACAGCAUGGGAGGUGCUAUAGCUGUACACACUGCACACAGAAACCUAGUACCAUCACUCAUAGGCCUGGUUGUUAUAGAUGUGGUAGAGGGGACAGCUCUAGAAGCUUUGUCCAGUAUGCAGUCCUUCCUAAGGAGCAGGCCUAAAAGUUUUAAAUCUCUGGAAGUGGCAAUAGAAUGGGCGGUGAGAGCAGGCCAGAUUCGUAAUGUAGAAUCAGCCAGGGUCUCUAUGGUGGGACAGGUGAAAAGAGCUGAUACAAGUGAAACUGCCUCCUCAGAGUUGGAGCACCUUCAUGAACAGCAGCUUACAAACAAUGUUGUUAACUCAGAUGCCAUACUGGAAGAGGAGGAGGAGGAAGAUGGGGAGAGCAAUCAAGAUAUAAAGAAACAGAAAUCCAAUAAUGGUGCCCAGUUCACAAAGCCAGAAUCUAAUGGGCCAAGUGCACCACAAUAUACAUGGAGAAUAGAUCUCACAAAGACAGAUAAAUUUUGGAAAGGCUGGUUCCAAGGUCUUUCAAACCUAUUCCUAGAGUGUAAUGUGCCAAAGAUGCUACUGCUUGCAGGUGUCGACCGUUUAGACAAAGAUUUGACAAUAGGACAGAUGCAAGGUAAAUUUUGGAUGCAGGUACUACCCCAGUGUGGGCAUGCUGUGCAUGAGGACUCCCCAGACAAAGUGGCUGAUGCCAUUGCCUCUUUUAUGGACAGGAACAAAUUUGCUGCAUAUAAAGAAGGCUUUAACAGAACUUGGCCAUGUUGCUGAUCUCCAUUCCCCUGUGAACUCCAGCAGAUGAACUGACAUACUGGUUAUGUACCUAACACCCCAUUUCCAUAGAUUAGAUCGACCUACUUUAGAUCGACCUAACUCCCUGGGGGUUCACGCUAAAUA